AUGUGUUUCUUCCAGCUGUUACGAGAACUGAAACACUCAAAUGUGAUCGCCCUGCAGAAGGUGUUCCUGUCUCACAGCGACAGAAAGGUCUGGCUUCUCUUCGACUAUGCCGAGCACGACCUAUGGCACAUCAUCAAGUUCCACCGCGCCUCCAAGGCCAACAAGAAGCCAAUGCAGAUGCCCCGAGGGAUGGUAAAGUCUCUCCUGUAUCAGAUUCUGGAUGGGAUCCAUUACCUCCACGCCAACUGGGUGCUCCACCGGGAUCUGAAACCAGCGAACAUCCUGGUGAUGGGGGAAGGUCCUGAGCGAGGAAGAGUUAAAAUCGCCGACAUGGGUUUCGCCAGACUCUUCAACACCCCCCUCAAGCCACUGGCGGACCUUGACCCCGUGGUGGUGACAUUCUGGUACAGGGCCCCCGAGCUGCUGCUGGGGGCCAGGCACUACACCAAAGCAAUCGAUAUUUGGGCAAUUGGCUGCAUCUUUGCAGAGCUGCUCACGUCCGAGCCCAUCUUUCACUGUCGCCAGGAAGACAUCAAAACAAGUAAUCCUUUCCAUCACGACCAGCUCGACCGGAUAUUCAGCAUCAUGGGAUUCCCUGCAGACUGGGAAGACAUCAGGAAGAUGCCAGAGUACCCAACAUUGCAGAAAGACUUCAGGCGGACAACGUAUACAAACAGCAGCUUAAUCAAAUACAUGGAGAAGCACAAGGUCAAACCAGACAGCAAGAUGUUUCUGUUGCUCCAGAAACACCUCACGAUGGACCCCACCAAAAGAAUCACAUCAGAGCAGGCGCUGCAGGACCCGUACUUCCUAGAGGACCCGUUACCAACCACCGAUGUGUUUGCCGGGUGUCAGAUCCCCUACCCUAAACGAGAGUUUCUAAACGAAGACGAGCCCGAGGAGAAAACAGAAAAGCAAAGCAGAAACGAAAGGCUAGAGCGAGGCGACACCGCCGGAGGGGGUUUACAACACAGCCAGGACCAGGGCGCCCACAACAAGAAACCUCGGAUCGAGCCCUCUGGGGCUCCCUCAGGCGAUGGGGUGCUACAGUCGGAGUACCAUGUUUGUGGGAUUUAUUCUCCAGGAGAAAGGUUGCUCUAUUUGUCUUCUUGUCCACCAAUACCCACAAAUUGUCCACAAAUACCAUAAAAAUACCCACAACAGCAUAAAUAUAUCCACUAAAGUAUAGAAAAUCCAGAUCUAUUUUCUUCCUUUGUGCCGCAGGACUCUAUUGUUGUCCUGAAACAAUUAAAAAAUACUUCAAGAAAUAAAGUUUGAUGUUUUUACUAUUUAUUGCAAAAUUUGACUUAGAUUAUUAGAUCAUUUAACGGUAUUAAGACAAUGAAAUGCAUCUUACCAGAACUGUAAAAAUAUGCAUGUGUCUUGAACUUAAAUAAAGCAUGGCGGCAACCUUUAGGUUCUACACAAUCUACAGCAGGGCUAUUCAACUUCAGUAGCAAGUGGGCUGAAUAAGAAAAUCACGGGGGGUGUGAGGGCCGCACAGAAUAUUGAUCAAAUAAUGGCUAAAAAUUAAAAACAGUAAUGUAUAUUUCCACAGGUAAACAGUCACACACGAAAAUGCGUCGGUAUUGUGUGGCAAAAGUGUUUUGCGAACAAGCAUCACUAUAAACAUGUUUCAAAGUGUAAAUAUCCGCUCAAGGUAACCAGUUGUUUCAGAUCCCUUCAACCAAACUGUUCCCAUGAAAACAUAAGAAAUGUGACUUAAUGGAUCAAUAUAAUAAUAUACACUUUUACUAAUCCCCAAGGGGAAAUUAGUUCUCUGCAUUUAACCCAUCCUUAGUUAUUAAGGCACAGUGGGCUGCGGUGAAGCGCCCGGGAAGCAGCUGGGGGUUCAGUGCCUUGCUCAAGGACACUUCAACUUGCAACUAAUGGGGAGAGCGCGGAUCGAACCCACAACCUUGCGGUUGAAGGACGGCCCUCUUACCCCACUGAGCUACAGCCGCCAAUAUAUAAAUGACUUGGGAUUAAACUAAUAUCUGGUGGCGCAGCGCACAGACUGCGUGUCUUUGAGCGCAGACUCCUUUUGCGUGAAAGGGAUCGAAACCAGGUCGGGCGAUCUUUUUAUUAUUAUUUUUUCGAAAAUGUAUUUCUUCAUACGUGGCUGUGAUGCACUGCUCACUUAUACAAUCGUAAUCGCCAAAAUGGAUAUGAACGGUGGCUUGAAGAUCUCCAGCAAUAUGUUUGUGAAUGUGUGACGAAUCUGGUGAGCGAGCCAGAGCCCCGCUGCAGAUGUUAAGAGAACACAACGCACGCGCAGGGAAACCAGUAGGUUUGAAAACCAGUAGGGGCUACCAUACGUUGUGUCUCACAACUUUAACCCUUUCACAGUGUGUUCUCACUUCAUGAAAGUUACUUGAAACAUUUCUGUUCAGCGUGGGCCUGUAUACUUGGCUGACACACUCUCCUGUCACUUCUGUUUGCAAAAAAUAAAAUCGAGAAUGCGAACCUCCAGCAUUCCACAAACCAAUAGGCGUUUGUGGAAUUCCACAUGUCAUCACAUUGAUAACAUUUUGGAUUUUUAAUUGACGAAACAAUCUUGUUAUUUUACCCACGUUAUGAUUUUUUGGGGAAAUCCUUGAAUAACCGAUAAUGACAGAGGGUACAUAUGAAAACGUUUCUACCUUUCCUUGGCUGUGUCUGUCACCUGCCAAUGUUACAGAUGCUAAAGAGUUUUUUGGAAGUAACUGGGUGUUGAGCAGUGGCGGGCCGUCAGGGCCAGCAAGGCCUUCUCUGCUGGCCUAAACAUCAUCAGAAUAUAUAUUUUUUUCUCAAUAUAUUUUCCCACAAAUAUGUAUUCAAUUAUUUCCCAGAGUAAGAGUUAUUCUCUUAAUUUCAUAGCGUUCCUCUUGGUUGCGCUGCUGCCAGCCCCAGGUUGAGAUUUGGAGGGCUGGUCUUUAUGUUAGAUCUUUUAGCCAAUCAUAUUCAGCCAUCGUGUGUUGCCAGGGGGCUAAAAUCUGCCCUUAGGCCUUCAGAAUCAACAUUGCGGGCGCUGGUAGCUUCAAGUGAAUGGGAAUGACAAUGUUGUGUCAACCAAUCAGCUUUAGAGUUGGCUCCUCUAGGCCUUCUAGAAGGCCCCGGAACCGGCACAGGAGCCAGCUAGCAGGCGUAGUGCUGCACGUCUUUUGAUUGGAUUACCAAUAUUGAGAGGCGGGGCCUAUGGGCAGGUAAAUGCAGAACCUCCAGAACUAGGAAACUGAAUUUGAUAGACUGUACAACAGAGUCAUUGAAGUCUUCUUGAGGAAAGAAAGAGGAUGGAUUUUGUGUUCAAAUAAUCAGUCUUUGGUGAGUAGGCAUACAAUGCAUUCUAUUUUUUAUUAAAUGUGUCUGUAUGUUUGGCACAAAAUAAAAUGGCAAAUAGCCUAUGUUGCAAAUUA